AUGUUUGCAAUGAGAGAAUCAACAAACGAUGACAAGAUCCAAAAGGACACUGGAGCAGGAGUUGUUGAUCGUCGAACCAUGAGCUUUGAUACGAAACCUUUCUUGUCGUUUGAUGACAACGCGAUGGUGGAUGAUGUGCUAGAUCUUUGUGCAAUGGUGGACGACAAUCGCGAUGCCCAACCAUCUCCAUCUGGAUGCUUUGACAAUGAAAUACGUGACGCCCCAACGUUGGAGCAUGGCGACGGUUUUCCAUGUGUGGAGGAACCUGUAAUGGAGUUUACUGGCGAGGACUUUGGUUACAUGCCCUUCUAUCCCGUUGACACGCAAAAGGGCGACGAUUGUCUUGGUUUGACUCCAACCUAUCAUCCGGGUCCUCGAUUCGAUGGUUACCAACAACCAGAGGUUGCCACCAGUGGCUUUGUGCCCAUCGCUCCUCAUUCGAAUGCUCCUUUCUCUGGCUAUCCUGUGAAGGAGAUGAAGAGGGAAGAGUCCGGCUUUAAUUCACCGUUCCAAAACUUCAACGGAACCAACGUAAAACACAAGAUGAUCCAAGAACCACGCGCCCCGGUUGCUGCUGCUCCCAUUCCCGUGAGAUCCGCAGAUGUGGCUCUCAUUUCUUCUCGUGCCGUGUCGCCUUCUGGGGGUUUUCCUAUUGAGGAUUACACUGGGGCAUGGCAGCAGAAGCAUGGUUCGAGUGAUCUUGAUUAUUUUGCCGAAGUUAUCCCUCAACCAAAUGGUGCGAAGACGGUCUCAGUCCCAGACCUCAAUCUCAUUGAUCAGCAUUGUGUUAUCAAGACUCAAAUGGGCCUGGCUGUGUUGUUGAAUUCCAAGGAUCCCAACAGUGCUACCAUCUCAAGUUUGCAGCAAUCGGUCGUGGUACAGCAACCAGGUUCCAACGUUUUGGGAGUUUACCAUUCCAACGCUGACAACAAUUCCAGCCGCAAAUUCCAACGCUGGUCACCUGAAGAAGACGACAUCCUCAAGACUGCAGUGGAGACUGAGGGAGGUCCACCAAUCAACUGGAAGAGAAUCGCUUCCAAGUACUUUUCCAACGUGCGAAGUGCCCUGCAAUGCAAAAGUCGCUGGACCAAAUCGCUGAAGCCAGGGGUCAUCAGGGGUGCCUGGACACCUGAAGAAGAUGCCUCUAUCCUCCGUCACAAGCAAGAGGGCUUGAAAUGGUCUGAAAUUGCUGAGUUGUUGCCCGGUCGCAUCGGCGAACACGUUUGUGAUCGUUACAACAAUGUCCUCGACCCCGAGUUGAAGAAAACUCCCUGGACUACAGAAGAGGAUUGCAUCUUGUUCAACGAGCAACGUCGGCUCGGAAACAAGUGGACCCAAAUCGCCCAACUCAUCCCCGGCCGAUCAGAAAACUCGGUCAAGAAUCGGUGGCACAAUCUGAAGGUGACUCGACAACGCCGCGAGCGUAGUGAAAAGAUGGCGCGCAAACGUCGAACCGAUCAUACCUGCCUUGCAGAGUCCCUUGGAAAAACUGUUGUCUCCCCGUCGAGCAAUGGAAAUUCGCCUCGAGGAAUUGUCAUGGCUCCUCCCAGCGACAAAAACUUACUUCAAGAAUUUGGCAUCGCUCCUCCGAACAACGCUCCUACUAUCUUUCGAUCCACUCCAAAUCCCACAGCCCGUCUUCAUCAAGUGUAA